AUGUAUCUACGUAAAGUUUUCAGGUGCAUAUGUAGCGACGAAGAAUGUGUAGAUCUGAGAUGGUGUAGAUUUGGGACGGAGAAAGUUUUCAGGAAAAGCGACAUUCACGAAGAUGAAGGUGAUGGUGAUACAGAUGACGAUGGAGUACAUCUGAUGAAAAGGUUACCUUCUCCAGCAAGGUGGCAAUCACGCCAAUGUGACAAUUCCAAAGAAGGUGUGGCGUUUGUGAAGAUUAAAGCUUUUUAUGGUGGUGGAGACAGAGAUUCAGGUGGUUUUUUAGGGUUUUAG